AUGAAGUACUCUCUUGCCUUCGCUGCUAUGGCGGCUUCUCUCGUCUCCGGAGAGUACACUCGAUGUGCAACCCCAAACCCCUCAGAGGAGCACAUCGCCAUCCUCAACGCCGCAGUGGAAGAAGCCAGCAAUAGGACUUUUAGCAUCCAGGCCCUCCGCAACGUCGACACAUACGUCCACGUUGUGACAACUUCGGCCAAGGCAGGCCAAUACUCCCAAUCUCAGGUCAACGAACAGAUCUCCGUCAUGAACGACGCCUACGCCCCCCUCAACGUGCAAUUCAACCUGCUCGACACCACCUUCACGACCAACAACCAGUGGGCCGCGGCCUCCGACGGCAGCACCGCCGAAUACAACAUGAAAUCCGCCUUGCACCAGGGGUCCUACGACACCCUCAACCUCUACUUCCUGAGCGAUUUGGGCGGCGGCCUGCUCGGAUUCUGCUACUUCCCCGAGGCCAGCCCAACAUCCCAAGACCGCAUCCUCGACGGCUGCAUCAACCUCGCCGACUCCCUCCCCGGCGGCAGCGCUACGAAUUACGAUCUAGGCUAUACAGCCGUACACGAGACUGGUCACUGGUUCGGCCUCUACCACGUCUUCCAAGGCUCAGCAUGCUCUGGCUCUGGCGACUACGUCUCCGAUACGCCCAUCCAGAGAACUGAUACGAGUGGCUGUCCUACUAGCCAGGACUCCUGCCCCAACCAGGCUGGUGUGGACAGCAUUCAUAAUUUCAUGGAUUAUAGCUAUGAUUCUUGCAUGUAUGAGUUUACGAGUGGCCAGGUUACGAGGGCGACGAGCUUGUUUGAUCAGUUGAGGGCUGGGAAGUAG